ACAGCAGCAUGGAUGGUGAUAUACUUUGUGAUGGAUAUGCUGGAAGGCCUGCCUGGACUUCCUGGACUGUUUGUUGCAUGUUUGUUCAGUGCAGCUCUCAGCACCGUCUCCUCUGCUUUUAACUCUUUGGCCACUGUGACAAUGGAGGACCUUAUCAAACCACAUUUCCCAGCCAUGGCAGAAGCAAGAGCAACCCUCCUGUCUAAAGCCUUAGCUAUGUCCUAUGGGCUGCUGUGUCUGGCCAUGGCCUAUCUCAUUCACCUAACGGGGGAUUCAGUUCUACAAGUGACUUGGAAAGGCUUCGGGAUGGUUGGUGGUCCUGUUCUUGGUCUGUUUUGUCUCGGGAUGUUCUUCCCCUGGGCCAACUCCACUGGAGCAGUGGGGGGUCUGGUGGCGGGUCUGUUUAUGGUUUUGUGGGUCGGUAUCGGGAGAGUCGUCACUCGUGGCUCCGGCGCCAGGCCACAGCCACCCAAUUGUAGAGUCAUCCUGCCAUCAGACAACAUGACUAAUGACUUGGUGUUUGGGCUUUGGCAGUAG